AUGAAGAAGAAAAAAGUUGAUUAUCAAGAGGUUAUGGAUUUGUGUAAAGAUUAUAAUGAAACAUUCGACAAAUUAUACAAACUAAAUACGUUCAGCGAAGUUGAAAUAGACAAAAUUUAUGAAAGUAUCAAAACAUAUUUACUCGAUACACAAAUAUGCACGCCCUCUUCUAUUUGUGAAACAAUAUCUGCAUUGGUACACUACAGAAUCCGUUAA